CGCGCUCUCUUUCGAAUCGAAAUGAAGAAAAAAACCCCACCUCAUCCCGCCCACACCGCCGCCCCAAAUACCUAAACCCUCGCCGCCGGCGAUCUCGACGGGUCCAUGUCGCGCUGGAAGGAAAACAUUUAUCCUGCUCCGCCCCACUACGGCAGCUCUUCCAACCCCUCCCGACUGCUCCCUUGCAAGCGGCCGCUGCAGUCUCCAUGCCCGCCGCCCCGCCGGCCGCUCGCCGAUGUCACGGGCAACGCCCUGCAGCAGCCCGGAUCCGCAGGCGGCGUGGAGGGCAUCGAUUACGGGUACAUCACUCCCCUCCCCAAGGUGCCCAAGUCUUGCGGGUUCCUUCUAGAGGACGACGACAUGGACGAGGCGUUCUUGCUUGAGGUGGACGCCAUCUGCGAGGAGCACUCGCGGUCCAUGGCCGGGAAGGAUAAGGGCAGGGAGAAAGAUUUGACGGUGGAGCGAGGGCCAGUCGUUGUGGCGGCAGCAACCCACGCCGGACCAGUGUGCGGAACGCUUGAGGACGCAUUCUGGACGGAGGCGUAUGCCAUUUUUGAGGAGUGUGAUGCUCAGCGUGCUGCCAAGAGCCAGGAUGAGGAGCUGAAGGAGAUGGUGGAAGUGGAAAGCUCGGUGCUGUCCUGUGGUGAUGAUUCGCUUCUUCCUGCUAUAUCCAUCGCAGAUGACUGUGUUAAGUUGGAGGACACUUUCUGGGAAGUCAAUUCCAUCAGCAAGGAGCACCAUGUCGCAUCUUCCGAGAUGAACCAGGAGCACUACGUCGCAUCUUCGGCGAUCAACCAGGAUGAGAUAGACGAGAUGUACGUAGAAGAUGGCUCAGUAGCAUUAUGUGUUGAUUUCCCUCCAGUAAUUUCCAUUGCGGAGGCGGGAGGAGAGGUUGUUGAUGCACUCUUGGGGGAGGUCGAUGUCAUCCAUGAGGGGCAGGUUGCCAUGUCUGCUGCCAAGGGCAAGGAGGAGCCUGGGGAGAUGGGACUAGAAAUGGAGGAAAAUGAAGGGUGUGCCCCAAGGAAGUACUAUGAGUAUUUGCACUCCCUAAACGACAAGCAGAGGGAGGCUGCAUGCAGUGAUGUUGCUGUUCCGUUAAUGAUCGUUGCAGGUCCAGGAAGUGGAAAGACUUCUACAAUGGUCGGCAGGGUUCUCACAUUGCUCAAAGAGGGAAUUCCACCAUCAAACAUCCUUGCUAUGACAUUCACAACUGCUGCUGCCUCAGAAAUGAGGGACCGGAUAGGGGCAGUGGUCGGGAAGGCAGUUGCCAAAGAGAUCAUAAUAAGCACAUUUCACUCCUUCUGCUUGCAGCUUUGCAGGACCCAUGCUGAAAAGCUAGGCCGCACAUCUGAAUUCAUAAUAUAUGGCCAUGGGCAACAAAGGAGGGCCAUUAUUGAGGCAGAACGCCUGUUGGAGCAUGGCAAAAGUGAUGGUUUAGGAGAUGCAGUUAAGCAGCAGUAUGAUGGAGACAUUAAACAUUCUUUUAAAGACAAAGCUAAGAAGUGGUUGAAGUUUGUUACACAGGCGAAAUCUUCAGGACAAACUCCUGAAGAAUAUGAAAAGAAGGGCGAUUUGACAGGAGCUUCGAUUCUUCGGCACUAUAAUGAAAUACUAGUGUCUUGUAAUGCUCUUGAUUAUCAUGAUUUUAUCAACUCAUCCAUAACUCUUCUCACGAAGUUUCCAGAAGUAUACAAAGAGUGCCAGAACACAUGGCAGGCAAUAGUGGUUGAUGAGUUUCAGGAUACCAGUGCUAUGCAAUAUUUUCUUCUGAAGCUUCUAGCUUCUCACAAUCAUAUAACCAUAGUUGGUGAUGAUGAUCAGUCCAUCUUCAGUUUCAAUGGUGCGGAUGUUUCUGGCUUUGAUUCAUUCCGUAGAGACUUUCCAAAUCAUAAAGAGAUCAGGUUGAACAAGAACUACCGCUCUACACGGGCAAUUGUCGAAGCAGCAACAGCUCUUAUUCACAACAACACUAAACGGUGUAAUCAUAAACUUGCUGAGACAGACAACCCUUCUGGAAGUAAGAUCACUGUUAAGGAGUGCCAUAGCGAAGAUUCACAAUGUGCAUUUGUCAUUGACAAAAUCAUUGAAACUACAUCUAGUUCAGCUGAAGGCCGUGACUUCGGUAAAAUUGCUGUCCUAUAUCGAAGACAGAUAACUGGCAAAGCAUUCCAAGUGUCAUUCCGCAACAGGAAAAUACCCUUUAAUGUUCAUGGUGUGGCUUUCUACAGGAAAAAGGCCAUCAAAGCUAUUAUGGCAAUACUUAGGACCACGUUACCUGGUUGUGAUGAUGGCCCAUGGCGUCAGGCCUUAAAGACCCUUUUGCCUGGUGACAAGGAAGAAAAAAAGAAGAUUAUAGAUCAUGUGGAAAAGAUUUCAUUGGCUAGAAAGUGUAGCUUCAUAUCAGCUGCUACUGACAUCUUCAGUGCAAAGGUCUCCGGGACCUUCAAAAGGACCCAGAUUACUCAAGGGCGUAAGGUUUUAUCGACCUUGUAUAGCCUAUCAAAAUUUGUUGAGAGGGAACAAUCAGUUUCAGCUGUCAUUUCUUCUGCAGGAAAUAUGCUACCUCAGCAAUAUCUCCUUGAAAAGCGUGCAGUUAUUGAUAAC